CUCUCAGGAGAGAAGUUAGUUGUAUCGAUCGUCUUCCCUAAACAACACUCAUUGAUUACUAUUUUUUUCUCUCCGACGCAGCCAUGUCUCUGCUCUCAGAUCUCGUCAACCUCAACCUUACUGACUCAACCAAGCAAAUCAUCGCCGAAUACAUAUGGAUCGGUGGAUCUGGCAUGGACAUUAGAAGCAAAGCCAGAACGCUUCCAGGACCAGUGAGCGAUCCAUCAAAGCUUCCGAAGUGGAACUACGACGGAUCAAGCACCGGUCAGGCCUCUGGAGAUAACAGUGAAGUCAUUCUAUACCCUCAGGCGAUAUUUCGUGAUCCGUUCAGGAGAGGCGACAAUAUCUUGGUGAUGUGUGAUGCUUACACACCGGCUGGUGAUCCAAUUCCGACUAACAAGAGGCACAAGGCUGCUAAGAUCUUCAGCCAUCCUAACGUUGCCAAGGAGGUGCCUUGGUAUGGGAUUGAGCAAGAAUACACGUUGAUGCAGAAGGGUGUGAACUGGCCUAUUGGUUGGCCAGUUGGUGGCUUCCCUGGUCCUCAGGGACCAUACUAUUGUGGUGUGGGAGCUGACAAAGCCAUUGGUCGUGACAUUGUGGAUGCACACUACAAGGCCUGUCUUUACGCAGGUAUUGGCAUCUCCGGUGUCAAUGGAGAAGUCAUGCCUGGACAGUGGGAGUUCCAAGUCGGUCCAGUUGAGGGUAUUAGUGCUGGUGAUCAAGUCUGGGUCGCUAGAUACCUUCUUGAGAGGAUCACUGAGAUCUCUGGUGUAAAUGUCAGCUUCGACCCAAAACCAGUACCGGGUGACUGGAACGGAGCUGGAGCUCACUGCAACUACAGUACGAAGACGAUGAGGAACGACGGAGGAUUAGCAGUGAUAAAGAAAGCAAUAGAGAAGCUUCAGGUGAAGCACAAGGAACACAUUGCUGCUUACGGUGAAGGCAACGAGCGUCGUCUCACGGGUAAACACGAAACAGCUGACAUCAACACGUUCUCUUGGGGAGUGGCGAACCGUGGAGCUUCAGUGAGAGUGGGACGUGACACUGAGAAAGAAGGCAAAGGUUACUUCGAGGAUCGAAGGCCAGCUUCUAACAUGGAUCCUUAUGUUGUUACUUCCAUGAUCGCUGAAACCACCAUCCUCGGCUAAUCACACAUGUUCUUUUAGUUGCACUAUUUCGUUUCAAAUAAUUAUUAUCACGGACUUCGUAGUACGGUUGUGUGUUUUCGUUUUAAAUAAUUAAAUAAAAGGAUUUUAUGGUGAAAAUUUAAGUUUUUUUGCUAUACUGUAUGAUAAUAAUAACAAAGUACGGCCUGUUUGA